UGUGACCAACUGACAUACAGGACUUCUCAUGUAUGUGAUCUACCUGCUGAUGUGAUUUUACAGAUGUGAAUAGAAACUAUGAGUUUAACAGCAGCAGCGAGUGGAUUUGUUGUCUUCCUUCUCUCUGUACAAGUGAUACAGGCUCAGAAUGGCUGGGGAGUGACUUACACCUCUACUCAGAUCUGUGCCUUAAAAGGAUCAACAGUGGAAAUAAGCUGCACCUACACAUACCCAUCCAGAAUAAAUGGCCGUGAUACUACAGUUCAGGAAUCAUUCUGGUUUACUCAGAUGAAUGGAGAUGUACCUGUGGAUCUGAGAACAGACUCAGAGUACGCAGGUCGUUUGCAGUACAGUUGUUCUAACAACAUCUGCACUCUGAGAAUCACAGACCUGAGAGAGAGCGACUCAGCUGAGUACAAGUUCAUGUUCAUAACAAACCAACCAGGUGGAAGAUUUACUGGUUCACCUGGAGUCACUUUGUCUGUCACAGAUCCAGAUCUCCGGGUGCAGGUGAUCAGAUCUACAGUCUACAGGAUUUAUACAGAGGCAGAGCUGCUUUGUCACAGCAGCUGUCGUCUACCUUAUCAUCCUUCCUACGUCUGGUACAAGAAUGGACAAAAAAUUCAGACAGAAACAUCUUCUUCUUAUUUAGGCCACUUUUAUUCUAAAGACAGUUAUUCCUGUGCUGUGAAAGGACUGGAGGGUUUCCCCUCUCCUUCAGUGUGUGUCCGUUAUCAAUACUGCAACAGAGUGACUUACACUGACAGAAGCAUCUGUGCCUUCAAAGGCUCAUCAGUGGACAUUUCUUGUACUUACAACAGUUUUUACACUAUCAGAUCUAAAUUCUGGUUCAGACCUGAACGUAGUCUUCAGUGGCAGAAUCCCUCACAGCCUGAGGACCUUAGUGAAGACUCCCAGUAUGCAGAUCGUGUUCAGGUCCUUGAAACAGAGAGAGGACGCUCCACUCUGAGAAUCACUGACCUGAGAGAGAGCGACUCAGCUGAGUAUCACUUCAAAUUCAAAACAGGAAAAUUUGAAUGGAGGAGUAGUUUACCUGGUACAACUCUGACUGUCACAGAUUUAGAUCUCCAGGUGCAGGUGAUCAGAUCAACAGUCUACCAGAAUUAUACUGAGGCAGAGCUGCUUUGUCACAGCAGCUGUCGUCUUCCUGAUCGUUCUUCCUACAUCUGGUUCAAGAAUGGACAGAAAAUGGAAAGGGUGGAGACAUCUUCUUAUAAAGAUCAGUUUUAUCCUGGAGACAUCAUCUCCUGUGCUGUAAAAGGACAUGAGGAUUUCCGCUCUCCUUCAGUGUGUGUGGCAUAUCACGAUGCUGAUCAGACAGCAUGGGUAUUCCACAGGAGUGUCUUGGGACAUCCACCUGGACAGCUGCUGCAACAAUCGGUUUGCAAAACCAAAGAAUUUCUGCACAACCUGUCAGGAACCAUCUCAAGGAAGCUCAUCUGCAUGCUCGUAGUCCUCAUCGGGGUCUCAAUCUCACUGCAGUUUGUCGUCGUAACCAACUUGAGUGGGAAAUGCUCACAGUCGAUGGUGUCUGGGACUUUGGAGAGGUGUUCUCUUCACGGAUGAAACUUGGUUUCACUGUACAGGGCAGAUGGCAGACAGUGACACCAGAUCCUGACUGAUUUGCGGACCCUCCCCAAUACAGUGAAAUUGCACAUUUUCAUGAACAUUGAGUGGCCUUUUACUGUGGCCAGCCUAAGGCACACCUGUGCAAUACCCAUGCUGUUUGAUCAGCAUCUUGAUAUGCCACACCUGUGAAGUGACAGGAUUAUCUCGGCAAAGGAGAAGA